ACCCGAAUUGGAUUGUACUGGAGAGUCCCAGGCGACUGCCAGUCCUGUUAAGCUCUGGCAUGAAGCUGCGGUAGCUCCCUCCAGACACAGAGGAACAUCAUUGAAAAGGAAGACUCGGAGACUGGAUGAAGGCCUUGUCUCGAGGUAGAGAACAGGACUUGGCUUCAGACGGCAGUUUGGGAAGCUUGCAGACUGCUUGGAUGUUCUCUUCCUAGCUUGUCAGCAUACCAAAAGGACCUCCUUUGUCCAGCUGACAGCUAGUUUUGUUUGUUGACAUGUGGAUGCUGCUGACAGGGUUUUUGCACCCAUUUUGGAAAAUAGUCAAAUUGUAAAAUUUCCAACUCGGCUCCUGGUACAGCGAUGGAGGGUCUUGAGCAGCUUGACAUGGUGGGCGAUAUCAGCCCAGCUCUGGAGGCCACAGAGGACUUCAUCCACUGCAUGGAUAGGAUGCAAGGCCAAGGUCCGAGCCAAGGAACCUCCAGCCUCCAGCCUCCCAGGCAACCGAAGCAGCUGCAGGAGGUGUCCAGUGCUGCGCUGGGGAAGCUGAGCUCCAGCGGUGUUUGGAGCCUGCUGGCUGGAGAGCAGCCGGAAGUGGGGCCUCUGGGCCUGGCGUGGGCCGACAACUUCAGUGUUUUGGGCCUGGGGAUGGGCUUAAGACACGGCAAGAGAAGCCGAGCGCGAUCCACCAACGACCUGGCAGCACAUAGCAAGGAGUGCACCAACAACACCGCCAGCUCCUCGUCCAACUCGGCCUUUAAGAAGGGACACAGCCGGUCCAGAUCAGAUGUCAACUAUCGUCCAUCUGCCUACACUGACAACGGUCUUCCCACAGUGGACUGCAAUACCCUGAAGAACAUGAUCCUUAACCACCAGCAAGAGGCUGAUAAAAGCAGCAGCAGCAGCAGCAGUGUGGUAAAGCAGGGUGAGAUGGAGCAGCGUGAGGGAACCCGGGGCCGCUGGACUCCCUGCCACGUCGAGUUGACGCCUUGCGAGCUGCGAUUGUACACUCUGGACAGCAGUGCCAACCGCCAGCUGGGCACUGCCUACUCACUGUCACACUGCCAGAGCGUCAUCUCACCAGCACCCUGCAGCCAGCCCGGUCAGCUCACCCAGCCCGCCGACCAGCGCACGCUCCAGGCUUUGUUCUUCAACAGCACACGACUCCAGCUGAGGGCAGCCAACCAAUGGGAAGCCGUGGAGUGGAGGCGGCUGAUGUGGGAGAAGGUGCAGGCAGCCAGACCCACGAGGCAGGAGAACCGCCAGCACAAGACCGGGGUAGAAAACCAACAGGUCGCCAAGUUUCCUGCGCCCAUGUCACCCUCCUCGUCGCCCUCUCCGUCUGGGCUCGACACCCGGCCUGACGGCGACUGUGACACCCCCACCUCAGCAGAGGCAUCGCUCUCUCUUCAGCCUAUUGUCCUGAGCAGACCCACCACCCUGCCUCUGUUCACCCAGCGCUGCCAGGACGUCCUUAAAGCCGGUCUGCUGCACCAGCUGAUGGAUCAGAACAACUGGCGGGCCUUCACCUUCGUCCUGACCAGAUCUGCUCUCCAGGCCUUCCCUACUGAAGGCCGAGGAUCUGUGUCCCAGCCUGUCCACCAGUACUCCCUGGCAUCCUGUCUGUCUGUGCAGCAUGAUCAGGAGCCGGAGAACGGAGGGGAAUGGAUCGAUAGAGGGGAAUCUUUCCAGGCUGUUUUCCCCAACGAGGUGCUCAGGCUUCGGGCGGACGAUCAGCUGAAGGCCCAGGAAUGGGUGGAGGCUCUGCGGGAAGCGGUGGGAGCGCAAAAGCCUGCACAGGAAGACGAGAGAGAGCCAGGAGAAGGACCUCCGGGACUCCAAGGGGUGCUGCUGAGAUCAAAACCAUCCAGGGAUAGGAGGCAGAGAGAGGCCCAGAGAGCUAAGCGGCAGUCUGUCACCACCAGCUUCCUCAGUAUUCUCACCUGCCUGGCUGUGGAAAAGGGCCUCACCGCUCAGAGCUUCAGGUGUGCAGGUUGUCAGCGUCCAGUUGGUCUCUCCAGAGGAAAGGCAAAGGUGUGUUACUACAGCGGCUGGUACUACUGCCAGAGCUGCCAUCAGGACAACUCUUUCCUCAUCCCAGCACGCCUCCUGCACAACUGGGACACCAACAAGCACAAGGUGUCUAAACAAGCCAAGGAGUUCCUAGAGUUUGUGUAUGAGGAGCCACUGCUGGACAUCCAGCAGCUCAACCCUUGUCUGUACGAACACUGUGAGGCUCUCAGCACGGUGCUGCGCCUCCGUCAGCAGCUCCAGUCACUGCGGGCCUACCUGUUCAGCUGCCGGGCAACCGUUGCUGAGGACCUCAGGCGAAGGAUUUUCCCCAGGGAAUACCUGCUACAGCACAUUCACCUGUACUCCAUGGCUGAUCUGCAGCAGGUGAUUGAUGGAAAACUGGCUCCCUUCCUGUCCAAGGUGAUUAAGUUUGCCAGCUCCCACGUUUUCAGCUGCAGUUUGUGUCGAGAGAAAGGCUUCAUCUGUGAGCUCUGCCACAACGGACAGGUCAUCUACCCCUUCCAGGAGAACGCCACCCGCAGGUGCGAUGGCUGCGGCGCCGUUUUUCAUGCCGAGUGUCGUCAGAAAGCUCAGCCGUGUCCUCGCUGCGUUCGCCGAGAACUCCACCACAAGAGGCCGUCGUCCUUCUGGUCGCCUGACGACGACAGUCCCGGCUGCUUCCACCUGCCCUACCAAGACACCUGAGACACACACAGACACACACUCAGAGCGCAGGCACCACGAGAGCACCACACCGGACAAAGCGCCUGUCUUUUCUGACUUGUGUGUGUCUGCGGGAUGGACCUUGUGACAGUUUCAACCAGAAGACGAACGCACAGCAUUUGGUGCGUCGUCAGGUUUGUGUUUUUGUGUGUGUGUGUGUUUGUGUGUGUGUAUCUGCCAACACACACUCACCUGAGCUGAGCCCCCCUUCGUCCUACUGUAAAGAGCAGGGAGGAAAAACCGACUGAAGAACUGCUGCAUCAGGCUUUACACACCGAACUACUCUUUUUGUAGUCAAAUGUCUUCACACACAGGUCGUCCUCUGCCAUGUUCAUCCCUGCAACACAUCACCACCUUCACUUAUUCCAGGAGUUAAACGUGUUAAAUCACAGCUGAUGAACUGGAGAAUUCUGGUGGUUUAUUCCAACCACCAGCUCUCAGAGUCAUGCAUAAGUUUAGCAAUGAAGUUAGAAAAUUUGUGAAAAUAUUUCAGCAGCUGAUUCAUCCAAAAAAAUUAAAUAAACAACAACAAAAAACAAACAAACAAACAAAAAAACUUAAAGAUUUGCUGCUUUUCUUUUUGGACUGUUGAGAUAAGCAAACCUAAAAUGCCUCCUUGGCCUCUGGGAACUUGCAAUGGUUUUGUUGUCUUUGUUUACAAACUAAAUUACACAAUAAUUGAGAAAAAACUUGAUUAAUCUGUAAUGAAAUAAUCAUUAGUUGCAACCCUACUCAUGUUAAAGUGAUAGUUUAACCAUUUGAAUAUGAAGGUCUCACACUGUGGACUUGAAGUUUGGCUGUAAAAAGUUUGUUUUGUUCUUCACAGAGUAACAGCUGAUCACAUUCAUGUCAGUUACAACAAACUCUAAUAUUAAAGAGCAGGUUUACACUGUUGCUGUGUCUUGAAACAAGUCAGGUGCUGCUUUGAAUAAUGAAGCAGGUUUUGCUGUAAUAUUUCUGCCUGUUCUAACUGACCAUUCAUUGUCUUUUUAAAAUUAAUUGAAACAUUUGAGAUGCAGAACAAACUCUACAGUCUUUGUUCUGUGUGAAACAGAAAUCCAGAGUCUAUCUGAUGUUACAGAGGCUUCAGCAAAAAGGGACGUCUUCAUCUAUUCAGAAAGUAAACUGUAUCGAGGGAGACAAAAAAGGGAUAUUCGUUCUGAUUUGAAAUAUAUGUUUGUACGGAACAAGGACUUCAGAUUUUGUUUGUCCAUCAUAUGCAUCAGAAAAGAAACUUUUCAUGAUCAGAACGAACUUAAAGAGAAAUUACAGCAGCAAUAAAUGAUGUACACAUGAUCAGCUCAAUAUAGUUUUAAAACAAACAGGAGAAAGUGUGAAUCUAUUCUUAACUUCUCAAAACACUCCUGCAGCACAAUACGCUAUUCUGCUCAGUCACGUUCCAAAAAGGUCAGUAUAUUUGUUAUAAUGUAGAUGAAAACACUUCCCUGAUAAACCCAGGAAUACCUUGUUGUCCUCACAGCUGUUGAUGUACUGAAAAAAUGUAAUCAAAUUAAAAAAAAAAAAAAAAAAAAGGUUUAAACACUGCAGCAUAGUUUAGAAAACAAUUAGGCAGAAUUUUAAAAUGUAUACUUUUUUCCCCAUUUGAAAUCAAAUCCUUAAACUUAAUAAAGCUUUAAGGAGCAUCUUGAUCUAUUUUCUGAAGAUUUUGAGACAAAGCAAAUAAUCUAGUUUAUUUAGAAAGAAAAAGAACUAAUCAUGAAAAUAAUCAUUAGCUAAAGCCACAUAAAAUUAUUAUUUUGUAGUCAUUUUUGUACAUCAAACCACAAAACCACACUCUGAUUCUGAUAGUUUUUAGUGUUUGGAACAAAAGCAUCACCAGAGGAAAGUGGAUUCUGCUGCAGGAGCGGUUUUCCAAGGAUGUUUUGAUACAUUUGUUUUAUCGGUCAACAUUGAAAUUCAUUUUUGUUGCUGCUGCUGUAUGUGAAGAAGCAGAAUUCAGAUUUUUUACAGUCAAAUUUACGUCUUCAGGGAGAGAAUUUGAUUAGAUUUUGGGUUCACUUGUAACUACAGUUAUUAGAUUGGGAUUUUUUUUACCAAAUAUAAUAAUAAUAAUAACUAAAAUAAUAGCUGUGACAGAAGUAUAGAAACCCCCACAUCCUUUAUCACGUCUCUUUCUCCUUUUUUCUCAAACUAAAUUAUUUAACGUGUCGAUGUGGAAUGAAAGAUGAUUUCAAACUCACUGGUUUUCAUUAAUUUUAUCAGCGUUCCUUUAAUGUAAAUGUAAAAUGCAAACACUUUAAUUUAAAAGGGACUCAGUCUGAGCACAUUGACUCUCCAUCAGUGUGACUGUAAAAUAAAAAGGGGCAAUAACCUACUGUAACUUAUUCUUUCAUUGUUGCCUUUUUCUCCUCCUCCUCCUCCUCUGUGGUUCUACUUCUCGUGCUUUAUUCAUGCAAACUCUAUCGAACAUGAUAGUAGCUUUAGCUUUUAGUAUCUCUAUGCAACCUAGAUGGCCUUUAUAAUCCACCCACUGCUUUCAUGUGUAAAGGUCUGAAUACACUUUAGUUUGUCUUCAUGCUGCUGCACCGGCUGCGUUUCCAUCCAGUCUGAGGGAAAAGUUUACAGAAAUUUCACAAAAAUUUUCAGCUGGUUGUAGCUGAUAAAACUGAAAAUAAAACUGAAAAUAAUAUUCAAUAUUUGACUAAAUUCUGCAUUUUUGUGUCUCAACAUCAGCUAAUGUUUUUAGUAUAAUUUGAAGUUUUUUGUUUAUGCUCAAAAUUAAACAGUACAUUUUCAACUUAAAUACAGUUUUUUCUUUCCUGUACAAAAUUGAAUGCUGCUUCAAUCAGCAAAGUUAAUUUAGCCACCAGUAACCAUUUAAAGCUGCACUCUUUGAUUAUUUUUUUGUUUUGUUUUGUUUUGUUUUUUCAAUGUAUGGAAAGUUUAAGUCUUUAACCCGCCUCCAGAUUCAUGAGUUACAGCUUUAAACUUUGAAUCCCAGAAUUUAUACUGUGGAUGGAAACGCAGCUGCUGUUUCUUCCUGCUACAUGUUUUCUUUUUUUCUAAGAAACUCAAAUGUCAGUGUGGCCGGAUGGCUUUUUAACUUAAUUUCAGUGUUAACUUUUUUCUCAUCUGUCCAGUUUUAUCGUCUCCUUUCAGCUUGUUUGAGCCAUAAAAAAACACUUUGAGCAGAUUUAUGUGACAAAACGCUGCCGUAAUCAGCACCUGACUGACGAGCCGCUGUUCUGGUUUUUAUUCAGGAAUGUGUUAUUUGUUAUUUAGUUAUUUGUGUUUACGAAACGUGCAGGAAACUGUAGGCUGAAGCUAGAUGUAGUUAAAGAAAUGGCAAGAAAAGUGCACUGAAUAAAUGAAUUGAAGCUGUUUAAGCUUUGAAGGUUGAACCUGAAACCAUGUCGGUGAUAUUAAAAAAUGUAGUGUCGUUGUCGACUGAUUGUGCCUGCUGCGUAAAAACUAAAGGAAAAGGAUGUGAACCUUUGGUUGGAAGUAUUUCUGAGUGUGUAUUUUGACUUUUUUUUUAAUUGUUUUUUUUAUGCUGUUAUUUUGUGCACUGUGGAGCUCAGCAGGUAUAAGGAAUCUUUUUUUCUUUUUGUCAUAGCUUUUAUUCAUCUUACAAAUUCCGCACACCCUGGAUCAGCCAUCAUCAGACCUGAAGCUUUAGUUUUGCUUUUCAUUCAACUGACCAUUACAGAAAAACCUCAACUCGGGAUGUCCAAUAUUGGCAUAAAAAUGUAAUAUCUGUCAAAAUUGUUGUAUUUUUUAUUUUUUUUUUGCCUAUAAUGAAACCUGAUAAAAUAAUGCCUAGAUUUCACAGACAUCUACCAGCGCACUAAUGAUGACGACAUCAAACUGCAUUAUGAAGCGUGUAUACAAGUGUGGCUGCAGUAACAAACGUAUUUCGGUAUCGGUUGAUAUCGGAAUCGGAAAUUGAGAGUUGGACAAUAUCGGAUAUUGGCAAGAAAGCCAAUAUAAGACAUCCCUAACCUCAAUUGACCCAAACAUUUAUGCGACAAAAACAGCUACAACUCGAUGUUUGCAGUCAAAGAGAUAGGUUUUUGGUAGCGUACUAUUGUCACAGGUACAAGUGUGAAUAGAAUCUUAAAUAUAAGAAUAGAACAGAUCUUCAAACUAACUGUCAGCUUUGUAACGUGUGUGUUUAAGGGAUGUUUAAUACUAUUUAAAGGGCAAAAUCUGCAUCUGCAUCAAAUUUACCUAUAGAAAUAAACUGGUUUAGGUCAUCUGAAAGUUUUUGCACCUUUAAAACUUCGUAAUGUUGCUUGAGGUUGCUUUGGUGUGACUUUACUGUAUUUUUGUACUUUAUAUGAUGUAACUUAGAAAACAUAGACCCACUGAGAUCAUAGUAAGCCAAUUCAUGUAUGAUUGUUUGGUUUACAGGGUGUGCAAAACUGAAGCAAGUUUCAUAAAGAAUCAGAAAUAGUUCAAUUGGUUCACUGUAUUGUUUCAUAUUAGAAAAAGCAAGUUACUGAUCAUCAUGCACACAUUACAAAUAAGUCAAUUAUUUCUAAUUUCCUGCUGGGCUCCACAGUUCGUCUCUUUAAAGAAGCUGGAUUUGUGCAUCUGAUCUUUGUUACUUUCUUUGCUUGUUUUAUGCUGUUUGUUCAUUCAUAUCAGUUGUGUAGUUUUAUGUUUCGUUUUCUAUUUUUUACUGCACUGUUUUUACAGUUUUCUUGAUUUGAUUUGAACGUACAACCUGUUACAUGUGACGUUCCAGCUGUUUUUCAGGUCACUCUGGAGCUGCUUGUCCUGCUAACCUCCAUGUUGAGUUUAAGACCAUUUUAUGUUUGGAAACUAGCACCAACAAACAUCUGGAAAUGUUCCUUAUGUCUCCGGCACAUUCUGAUCAUCGCAGUAUGUUUUCAGUUUAGAAUCUAUUGUACAGUAUUUAAGCCGAGUAACUGGACUGAAACUCAUCACUUUUGCACUUUUUAAGUUAUUGUUUUUUGAACCAUUGUUUACUUUUCAUCGCAGCCAAACUCUUAUGCAAGUACAGGGAGUUGAUUUGAUUUAUUUUUGAUUUAAAUCAGCCCUUCCUCCCUCCUGUCUGGUUUUGUUCAGAUUUGUCCGCUAGCCACUGAUGCCAAUAAAGACAAACUUCUUAAUAGUGAAA